CGCGUCUGUUAGACACCGGUGGAUCUCCCGCGAGCCUGAAAUCUCUGGUAAAGCUGCUCGCCGUCUCCAUAGCGACCACACACCGGAAAUACAACAACCGGUCAGUGGCGAUACGCUUACCGUAUUCCCAUCCGCCACCUCCUUUAUCAAAGAGCAACAAAAGCGGUUUUUUGUUUGUUCGUCGGUCAAACCGCUAAAGAUGUCGCAGCCCGAAGAGGAGUUCGAGGAAGAGCAGAAGGACAGCUUGAAGACGAAGAAGAAGAAGAAAGAAAAACGAAGCGCGAGGAAAAAGAAGAAGAAAGAGGAGGAGGAGAAGCGGGAGGAAGAGCAGGUUGAGGAAGAGGGGGAAGAGGAAGAGGAGCACAGUGAUUGUGUUGUCCUCCGUGGCAUCUUCAAACUGGGCAAGAAGAGUCAUGACGUCCUGCUCACCCAAACCAGGCUGACGUGGAUCCCCAUCAUCCCGGAGACCCCCACAGGUGAGGCGUGUGCGCUGCAGCCAGGCGUGUUGCUGCUCCGCGACGUGUUCGCGGUGAAGGUAAAGCGGCGGCGAGCGGUGGGCCAGGAGUCGGGGGGUCCCGUCCUCGGAGUGGCCCUGUUCUGCUGCCGGAGGAGGGGGAAGCGGCUGGAGGAGGAGUCUCUGCACCUCCACAACGCGUCCGCAGAACACACACAAACCUGGUACAACACCCUGAAGGAGCUGCUCACAGGAUCCAGCAGUCGUCCAAAGUAUCUAAAGGUGUUCAUCAACCCCAGGAGCCACAAGAAGGAGGCCGUCCACAUCUACAGAGAACAUGUGGCUCCGCUCUUCAGGAUGGCUGAUGUCCGCACUGACAUCACUGUGACCGAACGGAAAGGUCACGCUCUCUCAGUGAUGAAGGAAUGCAAGCUGGAUGAAUAUGAUGGGGUGGUGUGUGUUGGUGGGGACGGGUCGGUGGCUGAGGUGUGUCACGCUCUAGUCCUCAGAGCUCAGCUGGAUGCUAAUUCUCCAGAGAAACCAGUGAAAGCAGUGCUGCCACUUGGAAUCAUUCCUGCCGGUUCUACAGACGUGGUUUCCUGCUCUGUUCAUGGAGUCAGAGAUCCAGUCACUGCAGCCCUGCACAUUGUCCUGGGUCACCUGCUGCAGGUGGACAUGUGCAGCUUCUCGUCUCUUGGGCAGUUGGUGUGUUUCGGUUUCUCUGCCAUGUUUGGCUUUGGUGGGCGGAGUUUAGCGCGGGCGGAGAAGAAGAGGUGGAUGCCGUCGGCACGCCGACGAGAGUACGCUGUUGUGAAGACCCUGGCGAGGCUGAGGUUACCUACAAGCAUAAACACAAAUUGCACUCAGAAAAGUUCAAUUAUAUUUAGACCAGAUGACUGUCUGCUGUCUUUUCUACCAGCAAAGCAGUCAAACAGAGACCAGGACCAAGACCCAGAAUCAGAAGGGGAGGAGACCUGGACAACCAAUCAGGGCCUGUAUCUAAGCAUCAGCAUCAUGUCCAUCCCCUGUCUGAGUCAACAUGCACCUCAAGGACUGGCACCCAACACCAGUUUGGCAAAUGGCAGUGCAGCGUUGAUCGCAGUAGGAAACACGUCGAGGUCAGAGUUCAUCAAACAUCUGAAGAGAUACAACAGCUCUAGUGGACAGUUUAGCUUCUCAUUCGUGGAGACGCACACUGUGUCAGCGGUGAGGAUUUGUCCCCGCUCUCUGAUUGGCUGUUCAGAGGAGGAGAGUGAGGAAGAGGCCGAGUCCAAAACCACGCCCAUCAUCCAAUUAGAGGGAGCCGCCUUCCCCUGGAACAUCGACGGAGAGCUGGUGGAGAUUGCUAACGAAGUGCUUAUCAGGGUCCACCCGCAGCUUAUCACUCUAUACGGGGAGGAGGUGGACGAGGCCGAGUCAACCGGCUCCUGCAGCUGCAUCUGAGUCAGGCAGAGGGCACUGUGUGUGUGUCUGUGUGUGUGUGUGUGUGUGUGUGUGCGUGGGUGUCUGUGUGUGUCUGUGUGUGUCUGUGUGUGUGUGUGUGUUGGGACAGAGACACAUAACCAUUGGAACCAAAUUGACUUAAAAGUGUCUUUAGAUCAUCACUGUUUCCAAGGCGACGUGAACUUAGAAUGUAGAAUACACACAUAAAACUAAAUACAGAGCUUUGUGUUUACAUCAUGUAUUUUAAAGUUGCAUUUAUUAGUCUUUAUUGUUAUUUACUAUUGCAGCUUCAAUAACCAAGCAGGUAACUUGGAGAUACUUUUAACUCACAACGUCUUGUCCUUUAAAAGGGUUAAUACUAGUUGAGGAUCAAGAUUCAUGUUUUUUGUAUAAUUUCAUGUUCACAUUCUGCUAAACUUAAAUCACCAGCUCUUUUCUUAAUAUUAAUAGUUUUUUUACAUUGUUGUUUCAUCACCAACUUGUGCUGCAGAUAGAUUGCAUACAAACUAUAAGCAUGUAAGAUAACAACAGUUCAUUGAAUCAAAACUGUGAGGUAUUUUCCAGUAGAAUCCUUAUUUAUUGUUUAAUUAUUUUUUGUUGGUGAUAGUUGAGCAGCUUUCGGUGCAGAUGAGAAGAACCCAACUGGAUGAUACCAAAAUGUCCAAAUAUUUUAAGCAGUUAUUUUUUAAACUUUUUAAAUUUUCUAUUAGAAACUCUUCUACUUUUUUUGUUUUUAUCAUGAUAAAAAAAACAAGAAAACGUUGUUUAAAUAGAAAACCCUUCAUUUAAUAUAAAAUUGCAUGUACAAGCAGUGAGACUCCAGUGCAGACUUCAACUUCACAUAAACAUAAAACAAACAGAUUUAUUAAAAUAUUAAAAACA